UUUUUUUUUCAAUUAAUUAAGAUCGGUUGAACCCAAACCCCUAGGCCCUUCGCCCCUCUCUCCUCCUAAAAGCAACGCCUCAAGGCCCUGCGCUUUUCCGCCUUCUCUCGACACUCGCAUCCGUCUUCCUCAUUUAAUAAGCACAAACCGACAGUUUAACUGUUUAAGCUCUGAAACUUUCUCGUUACCGGAAUAUAUUUUCAUAUACGUUAAUGGCCGUACACAGGAUUGAAAGAGCAGAUCUGUGGAAAAGCAAGGCGCGAGUAUUGCAGCUUCGGCUCAGAGAACGGUUCCGAGUGGCAGUGGACCGGCAUCGCAGACGGCCGCCGAUUUUUUCCGAUGGUUACUUCUCUUCUACGGUCCAACGGUGGCUGAUUCGCUUCCGGGACUUUCGCCAGGGCUCUUUGCAGUCCUCUUCUGCCUUUUAUCGUAAAAGAGUUAGUAAGGACUUUACUGCUGAAGAAGAUUCUGUUAUUAUUCGCAUGCUUCAGUCUAUUGCCGUUCCUCUCCUCGGAAAUAUGUGUCAUGUAUUUAUGAAUGGUCUUAAUCACGUUCAGGUCUAUGGGUUAGAGAAAUUACAUGAUGCAUUGCUUCAUAGGCCAAGGAACAAGCCUCUUUUAACGGUGAGCAAUCAUGUUGCUUCUGUGGAUGAUCCAUUUGUUAUUGCUUCACUACUUCCUCCUAGAGUACUUUUGGAUGCUCAGAACUUAAGAUGGACACUUUGUGCAACUGACCGCUGUUUUCGCAAUCCUGUGACUUCUGCAUUUUUUCGAUCUGUCAAAGUAUUGCCCGUCUCACGUGGUGAUGGAAUUUAUCAGAAGGGCAUGGAUAUGGCUAUUGCAAAGUUGAACAAUGGUGGAUGGGUUCAUAUUUUCCCAGAAGGGAGUCGAUCUCGUGAUGGUGGAAGGACUAUUGGGUCUUCAAAGAGAGGUGUUGGAAGGUUGGUCCUUGAUGCUGAUACUGUUCCUAUAGUAAUUCCCUUUGUACACACCGGCAUGCAGGAAAUAAUGCCUAUAGGAGCCAACUUUCCGAGGAUUGGUAAAAUGGUGACGGUGCUUGUUGGUGACCCAAUCCAUUUUGAUGAUUUGCUGAAUGUAGAAGGAAUAGAACAUAUAUCAAGAAGAAAAUUGUAUGAUGCUGUAGCUUCAAGAAUUCAGAGUCGAUUACUUGAACUGAAAAUUCAAGUCGACAAGUUGGCAAGUGAACAGUUGAUCAAACUGCAACAUCCUAAUGCAGGAAGCACGGAGAAGGCCAGUGAUAUGUUACAACAAGUUGAUUGGGAUUCAUUUGGCUUGGGAAGCUGUGCAUUUACUGAAGAUGAUUCAUUGGAGCCUGAAAUCCAACCAAAACAAAACAUUACCUCUCAAGGGGAACACCAGGAACCCAUUUCUACUGAUCGAUCUCCCAGAAUGGGAUCCAUGUACGAAGGUGGAACCAUUUCAAGGAUGCAUGGUUAUAUGGACUCCUUUGAGCUACUGGGUUUCGCAGCCAGGGGUGUAUUUAUGAGCCUUAGGCCUAGGAUUAAUACACCUGGUGUUGGAGAUGCAAGCCCAUUGAGGGCGUGGAAACUGUAUUUGGAAGCUAACCUGCUAAGACCGUUGAAUGCCUGCUAACAAAAUAAUCUAGUUAAGAGGAUGGAACGUUGCAAAAUUUUGAUUCAGUGUAAAUAAAGCAUGUUUUUAUCGUA